AUGCCGGUGCCCUCGAGACCACCACGGCGGCCAGAGCCCCCGGGCCGGGCCGCCAUGCUGACGGGCGGGGACCGCCUUGUGCGCGCAUUGCAGACCUCGCUGGUAACAGUGCGUUUCCGUACAGACCCGCGCUUCUGCACAGAGGCACUUGAAAGUGGUUCUGCCGAGGGUGUGGGCUUGCUGGUGGAUGCCAAGAGGGGUAUCGUCCUCACAGAUCGACACAGUGCGCCUCAGUCCUUGGGUGCCAUUGAGGUGACGCUGGCUGGUUGUGCAACUGUUGAUGCCGAGGUUUUCUUUAUCCAUCCGCAGCACAACAUUGCAUUGCUUCGAUGCGACCCCAUUGCUGUUGAAAUGCUCAUCAAGGGGAAGCUGCCACUGAAAUCCGCGAGGUUUGCAAAGGGCAAGAAAGCGUGUUUACGGCCUGGUGAGAGCGUGCACUUUGUUGGCUUUGACAGCCAGGGAAACACCUUCAGCGAUCAGUGCAAGGUGUCUGCAGUGUAUUUGCCCAGCGGCAAGGAUGAGUUCCCGCCAUGGACCGUACCACGAUUUCGCGAACGCAAUCUCGAGAUUGUGGUGUUGACGGACACCCCUGAAGAUGCCCGGGGUGGAGUUCUUUGCGACUCCCGUGGAGAAGUGCGGGCAAUCUUCGCGUCGUUCGAUUUCCAGAGUGCGAGGAGGGAGGAGACGACGGAGAACUUCGGGAUUCCAGCCAACGUGUUUCUGCCUUUGCUUGAGGCCAUCAAGACAAGCCCCGACCAGCAACCGGAGGUCAGGUCCUUGGAUGUCGAGGUUUCUGCUGUCGACUUAGCGACGCUGGCCCGAGGAGCCUCUAAGCUGCCGAAACCCUGGGUAGAGGCAGUGCGGAAGCGUUGCGGGCAGCAGGGGCAAGUGGCCCGAGCCAUCUGUGCUUGCCGGGUACUCUCUACCGGCGUCUCACAUGGUUUGCUUCAGCCUGGCGAUGUGCUCCUGAGCAUCGCGGGCAGAACUAUCACUCAAGCACUAGAUGUUGAGGAAGCAUUGCGCCCAAAAAAGGAGAGGAAGCCAUCAAAGGGAAAGCGGAAGAGGCAGGAGGACAUUCCGAUCUGCUUUCUACGGGAUGGGAAGGAGGCUGUAGUGUCAGUGAGCCCCACCAUCUUGCGUUCAGAGGAUGACACAGACUUGGUGAUUUGGGCGGGAUUGGUGCUCCGAAGAACCCCCAGGUGCAUCCUCGAGCGAUGUGGUACAAGCGUUGCUCCAAGGGCCGGGGGAGUCUUCGUGCAGAGCGUGCUGGCCGGCUCUCCUGCUGAGUCCCGUGAGCUUCAUCCGCACUGCUUCCUCAUGGAAAUGGAUGGCCAGCCAAUAAGGGAGCUCAGUGAUGUGCUUCAUCGUGACCAGAUCGACAGGAAGCAGAACAGACAUGCUGGUUGGGUGCGGCUCCUCCUCCUCGACAUGAACGGCCAGGAGCAUGUCAAAGCCAUACAGCGCGAUACGCUCUUCUUUCCCACCUUCAUGCUUCACCGCAGUGCUGAGCGCUGGCAUUGCACGCAGAAGAGCUGA